UUCAUUUGUGUUCUGGAAGGGAUGGCUCAGACGAUACAAGGUGAGCAUGUUGAAUGCUAGUUGUGAUAUCCAUCUUCCACAUUAAAACUUAUUUAUUUUUUCCAAGAAACUUUGUCCAAUCCAUCCACCAUCACUAUUUCACAAGUAGUUCUAGCUAGGGGAGAUCGUUACGCGUGAUCUGGAGCUGGUUCUCUAAAUUUUGUGGUUUCCAUUAGAUAAAGGGGUUUUAUAUGUGAUGCAUCAUGUCCACAAACUCCACACCAAUGGUAUUCCUUGUCACGCACAAAUAGCAAAAAACAAGGAAUUCGAGUGUAUCUAACUUAGCUUAUCAGGAAACUGUUGAAUCAUCAGCUGAAUUACUGAUUCAAUUGAUAUCACCAAAGUUUAGCCUCUCUCGAAUCUUGAUUCUUCACACAAUUUUUCUAUAUAUGAUGCUAACAACAAAAGUUCAGUCUGUUUCGAAUCUUGAUUCUUCUUUAAAAGUAUCAAAGGUCAGCCACUCUCCUGGACAUAGCUAACUGUAUGAUUUUGGCCCCUCCCAAUUCCCAAAAGCAAAGAUUACAAAAGGUGGUAGAAUAGAACCUUUAGACAGAGAACAUAUAUUCUACCCGAUUAGCCACAUCUCAUAGCGAUUCCCUUGCACCUCAGUUAAGCGUGCAAUCCUGCGCCGACCACUCCCUCCUCUUUACCCGCCGCAGUCAUCUAUAAAUAAGCACCGUUGGGUCAUCACCAUCAUCCAACUCCAAGAACACAACAGCCUAGAGCAAGCUCAAGUGAAGUGAGCUGAUCAGAUCGAUCAAUCACAAAUCCCCAAGAACAACAGCCUACUUGCUACCCACCAAUUCGCUCGAUCAGCAAUGGCGGACAGAGUGAUGAAGCUGGCGUCGCAGCGGGCGGUGGUGAUCUUUGGGGCGAGCAACUGCUUCAUGUGCCACGCAGUGAAGACGCUGUUCACAGAGCUGGGCGUGAGCUGGACGGUGCACGAGCUGGACAAGGACCCCCGGGGGAAGGACGUCGAGAGGGCGCUCGUUGGCAUGGUCGGACGGAGCCCGCCCAUCCCAGCCGUCUUCAUCGGCGGCAGGCUUGUCGGCACCACCGACCAGGUCAUGACACUGCACGUCGGUGGCCAGCUCGUGCCGCUCCUCCGCCAGGCCGGCGCCCUCUGGCUCUGAAGAGUCAAGGACAACAGUGGCUGAUGCGUGCGUGCAGCUAUGUGUGAUCGCAGCCUCGAAAUCGAGCUAAGCUAGUGAUCAUAUAGUGCGUGCACUGCAGUGCAGCUACAUAAUUUUGGAAAGGUCAUCAAACAUAUUAACGGUCAUGAUCUUUCAGUUGUACCUUUUGUUGUCAUAAAAAGAGUAGAAAGGAAGCUUUGUAAGAGAUAAGCAUCCUGAGCAAUAUUAAAAGAGCUUAUGCU